AUGGACCGCAAUGAGCUAGAACGUGAAGUUUUUGGAGGCUCAGAGUCAGAACUAUCAUCCGAUGAGGACGAAGACCUCCAACCACAGCUUCAGCAAAAGGAGCUACCGCGUGCGGUAAAGCCACCCGUUGAUGACUACGAAUCGUCAGGGGGCGACUCUGACGACGACUAUGAGCAACAACGGCCUGUUAAACCCACUAAGAAGAAGCGGCUGUCUAAGAAGGGUCCUGAGGAUGCUGAACGACGGCCGGUACAGCGUAAAAGAAAGAGAAAGCAACCUGUCGAGGUCGAUUUGAGCGAGUUGCCCCCAGAGCAAGAGGCCAUUUUAAAACCUAAAAAGGCGGCGAGGCAGAGGAAGAAAAAGGCCAACGAGGAAUCAUUGGACAGUUUCGCUGAUGACGAGGUGGCGAGGCUUCGAGAGACGAUGAACGCCGCAGCUGAUGAAGACAUCCGGGCCAACAGCGAGAAGCAGCCAGCGACUGCCAAACUUAAAUUAUUGCCAGAGGCGAUGGAAACGCUCCGAAAGGUCGCACUGGCACAGUCGAUGAUCGACAACAACCUUUUGGAAGCAGUACGGAGAUGGCUUGAACCCCUCCCAGAUCGAUCUCUACCUGCGCUUAACAUCCAGCGUGAACUAUUCAACAUCAUCAGGAAGAUGGAGUUCAUUGACAGCGCUGUUCUGAAAGAAUCCGGACUUGGGCGGGUCGUUCUUUUCUACACUAAAUGCAAGCGAGUUACAGGUGAUAUUGGGCGGAUUGCGAAUGAGCUUGUGUCGACGUGGUCGCGGCCCAUCAUCAAACGAUCGGCGUCAUACCGUGAUCGAGUUGUGCCUGUUGCGCAAGAAGGCGGGGAUGUGGACAUGCGGGCUGGGGAGAGGCUGAAUGCGAUUCUAGCCCGAGCAAAGGAGGGAGAGAAGGGAAGGGUGAAGCAGAACGCUGUGAUGAUUCCCCAGAGGGAGUUGGGAAGUUAUACGGUGGCGCCCAAGAUGAAUGGAGGGAUCGGGCGUGUGAACGUGAGCGUGGAUGUGGACAUUGAAAGAAGGCGAAAGAACGCGGAGAGGCUUCGAAGCUUGACUAGAAAGCUAAUCAACCUUGUCUCUCUUUCCAUUAACUUAAUCAACAUGCAGACACGUCGUUCAACUCGUGUCUCUCCCCUCGCCAUUGUUCUUCCCCAUCCUCCCCUUCCUCACCGUCGCUCAUCUCGUCUAUCUGCAAAUUCAGCUCCUCAAACACCUCGAAGCUGCGGCUCACCUAUCUUUUUCGCUUCAAAUAAUAGAAAGAGCACGGACAGUUGGAAUAGCUCCAAUGCCGACGACAUGGAAUAUGACUGGAAACCAGAGCAGGUGCUGCUUCUCUCAAGGACUUUAGACGCCCUUCCCGCUCAUCUCGUCACUCCCUUUAACGGCCCCAUCCCUCCUUCAAACCUUUUGGAUAAAAUCGCACGAGGCGUCUCUCAGGCUAAAGGCCCAGCAGACUGGCCACAUUCCUUGCGCGCUACACGCGUAAAAAUAAUCGAGCUGUGCCGUGCCAAGGCCAGAGAGGAAGAGCAGCAGCGCAAGGUCAUUGAAGAGGAGGUCGAGGUCCCUUAUUAUCACGACGGCGAAGAAAAUCACCUGCGGGAUGGCAUCCAGUCCAGAAGACCUUUGUACAGGCAGUCCAGCAUGGAUUUCAUUCAGAUAGACGCCAAGGAAAAUGAUAAUAUUGCAAAACUCUCCAAUCGUCUCCAACGCACAGACCGUAAUAAUCCCACUUAUCACCCCUACUCACGCACGCGUUCGCCUCUGCACCGCAGAGAUACCUCGCCUCCCCUACUAAGUGACCUUCCUUCCCUCAUCAACCCAUCCACCCCAAGCUCUUCCACCCUCACCAGCCUUUCCUCACUUUCGUCCCAUCCACGUGCCCUACGUCGCACCACUUCGUCCCUUUCUUCGGCCUCCAUCUCCAUGCUUAGCAACAGUAGCAAAGGCAUCUCGCUGGCGGACCCACGCGUGCAACGUGUUCUCCGUUCGGAUUCUUUCUGUGCGCCCCCUCCUGCACCGCCCCCAAAGGACACACUUCCCACCUCCAUCGGCUUCAAGCGGGCACCCUCUUUUGGUACUUUGGCCCAAGAGGCGAAACGCGAGGCCGAAAACCGGCGUCAUGUGAGAAAGGACUCUGGAUCUUACCUUUCUUCAGACGAAGAAGAAAAGAUACGUACCAGACAGGCUAAAAAACCCAGGACGAAGGCGGGGUCUCCCUCAUCCGAUGACAGCCCUGGGAUGGCCACCCCACCAGCAUCGUCGCCCAUGAGCAGUGCACCUUCUCCCUUGAUGGACAAACCACCCUUGCCCCCAGCCAAAGAUAAAACUCCUCUCAAGAGUAGAAGUAAAUCCAAGGGCAUGGUCGCUUGUUUAGAAGGUACCCCAAAGAGUCCCAAGCCCAAGUCUGCCGAGAAGAAGGAGAAAGCGGCUCGACCCAUGCCUAUGAAUUUGCAAAGGAACCCGAGCAUGUUUGGAGCCGAGCUUCCCCAUCUUUGCAACCCCUCCAACACCCCUGCCGUCGUUUCGCCAUCUCCGUCCAGUGGGAACGCGAGCAAGGCUCAAGUGCCACCUCCUGCGACUGCUAUCCUUACAAGGUCUCCGAGUAGUAUCCCCGCCAGUCCAACUCCUCCUUCGACCCAGAAGGUCAAGACGUUGAGACGAGUCCGUCGUCUUGCUCCAGCUAGGAGAAUAUCAUUUGGCAGCCUUGUUGCACCUGGGGACGAGGCGGAUGGCGAGGGUGAGGGCGAGCAUGAGGAGAAGUUGGCUCUGGGGAGCGCUUUUCAAUUGCAUUAG